AUGUUCCCCACUAUCGCUCGCAACACGAUAGAGUGGGCUGGCCUAACGGACUACAUCGAAGUUUGGGUUGGGCACAGCGAAAAUCUCAUCCCGAGGCUGUGUCAGCGCCUGCCACAGAAAUCUGUAGACAUUCUGUUCUUCGAUCAACAGGGGACCAAGAUGCACACUGACCUGGACGUGAUAGUCAGGAACAACAUGCUCUCGGACACUGCGAUUGUGGUCGGGGACAACGUCCUACGCCCGGGCGCGCCCCAGUUCAUGUAUUGGACGUGUGCCGCUGGGCCUUGGGAGACACAGGUGGUCUCUCUCAAGGAGUACAAGGAGGCGACCGUGGAGGACUGGAUGAGCAUCUCGUACUACCUGCCGCGGUCUCCUGCCGCACAGCGCCCGAUGUCCAUCCCCGAGGAGGUGGAGCAGUUGGCGCACCUCACCGACGGCAUCCGGUGGCAGUCGGUGGAGCAGCGCGUGUCUGGGGAGCAGUGGGACAGCUGGUCGCAGAGGAUGCGACGCGAGUUCGUCGCCGUCGGCGUCAAGCCCUUCGAGGUUCGGCCGACCCAGGACGAACGCGGGCACUCCGUCGUGCGGCUCCGCCCGCGCGGCGCGGGCGAGCUGCUGCUGGCGGGCUGA